AUGCAUCAUACAACGUAUACAUCCAGUGAUCUCCGGCUCUUCGCAAUGUCGACAUCAGCUUUCAGAUCAAUACUGGAAACAUGUGGAGGCAUGACUGCUGGAAACCGGCGAAGAAUACCUUCAAGACGCCAAUCGGCUGCGAAUGAUCUGAAGACAUUGGUGGGGCGAGUGAACAAGAAUGCAACUAGACAAUCUGAUCUGGUACAACUUCGUAAAGGUCGAGCACGAACGGCUCCGGUGAAAGGUCGAGGUCGCUAUAAAGCCUUCACAGCAAGAACAAUGCUUCGUACUACGUUCGGCAAUGCUCCGUUUUCAGCUAUCAGAUGCAAAUCCCGUGCGAUGAGAGAGCAAGUUCCCGCUAUGUUCUCUUUAUGCUCAACUGCUUACUGGCUAUCCUCAACAUCUCGGUACAUCGCCAGCGUCCGAAAUUGUGUGGUGAACACAUUUCUGGCUUUACAGCGUACAGUGUUGAACGUCAUCGUGCAGAGCCAGACAUCAAACCAUAUGUUCAAAAUGAAUCUGGAGUGGGAUGAAUCUGGUCAGACCAUGCGCUUGCGUCGUGAUUUGGUGCGAGUAGAGGGUGUUACGCCGGUCCUAGUACAACGUAUGGAGCUGUUUUCACGGAAUUCAUCAACAUCGUCAUGGAUGCAUCACACAGUUGUUUGCCCACCAGCAGUUCUACACCAGGGCACAGCUGAAGCGAUAGCUGGCGGUAUGGCUGCAACACUACCCAUUUCACCGCGAGAUGUUCAUCGACUAUCUGAACGCUUUUGCCUGUACCUUCUUUCAGAUGCAGCAGGAGCAAACAUUAAACUGGCUUCGUACAUGUUCAAGACGCUCAGAGAGUCUGAUGGACUGCCUACCCCUUGGUGUCUCUGGAAAGAUUGCGACACGCAUGCGGCAAAUCAUGUGAGCGAGCCACUCUGGAGGGCAAUGGAUAUUUUAUCUGCUUUGUUUUGCCUGGGAAACUCGUUGAGCAACGGAUCCAGCUAUUAUGACCUGCUGAUGCACAUCUGGUUUCUGAUUGACACUACUGCGGUCAUAGAAUAUGGCGAGCCAAACAUUGGGAUUCUUGAGCAAAACCGAAUUUUAUUGGAAGCGACAUUUCUUCAUAUUCCAUUUGCGGGAGAAGACGAUGACGACUGUCUGGAGGGUCCAUCAUUGUCAGUGGAACGUCGACGAGAAGCAUGCGAAUAUUUAUUAUCAAUUGAUAAUGACAGCUGGAAGUCAGACAGGAUUGUUCACUGGUGCAAGUUUGGGUGCUGUUCCAGCGUCAAAGAGUCUAAACUGAAGCUGUGGAUUGCCAUACAGGCUGUGAUUUUCAGAAGACGUCCACCCACGCCCGCCAUCAGCAGAUGGACGACAUGUGUGAAAGCUGCCCGUGUGAUUUUGCUGCAAAUGGCAUGCCACCGCCUCUUGCAACGUGGGUUCGCACAUUUGUAUUCAUACAAAUGGAAAUCAUCAAGUUCAAGCUCAGACAAUCCUGAUGACGGACUUUCUUUGAUCGAGUACACGACAUCUGCACUGGUUGCUGAAAAUUCUAAAGACUUGCACUACAAAAUGAAAGGUGCGAGAUCAGAAAAGGCAUGGAGAUUUCUAUCAGCGGAGGACUCACUGUUCAAAUUGGGACUGGCUGUCUCUAUUGUUCCAGCAGCAGAAUUUGUCAUAACCAAGCAGUUCCAAUGGCAAUCCCAAAAUGCUCAUCUGGACAGUGAUGUGUCAAAGCUUCCAUUGGUUCAAAUGGCGAACAUGCAGCAUUCACCAGCUAUGUCAUCGAUGAACUGGUUGAUUCGAGCGCUUCUCCAUCAUGACACUGGUGAAUAUUCGCGAUAUGUCAAGACAUUCAUGCAUCUACAAAACAGUUUUGAUGGGAUACCACCGGCAGACUUUCGAAUGCAAAGGUUCUGGUACACCAUUGUCACUUUGGGCCAGUUGCAUUCUAGGCUUGUCAGGCCUUAUCAGCGCAUUCCAUUGCAGAUAGCUCAAUUGGUUGACUCCAGUGUGUCUGUUGAAGAUCGGUUGGAACUUGCACAUAGCAUGUGUCGGCUUUCGCCAUGUUGUGUGGAAUCAAUGUUUGGAGCUCCUGUGUUGCAAUGUAUUUCGGACAGUGGUGGUCCGAGUCCUGAGACCAUUCUCACAGGUACACUUGCAUCUGAUCUUCAAGUAGCCUUUAGAGGCAAGACUUCGAACAUGGAAAUCGAGUUAAAUUUUGCGCGUGCUAGCUGCAGCAGGCAGUGCCUACACGGUCGAGCACACAAUAUCGGGUCGAUGGUGGCAAAGCAUGUUUCAGCUGAGGUGAAGCUCGGACACUGUAGGAGUUUGACAAAACAUGGGAGAACACCAUGCAAGCUAGCUGAUCCAGGAAAACCAUCACGCAAGACUGGGUUCAGUAUUUUCCUUGCCAAUGAGUACAAGAGCCAAAGUUGGAAAAGCCAGGACCAAUCAGUGUCAUGGUCGGAACACCGCAAGCGUGUUCACAGAUCUGCCACGGCCAAAUGGAAUGAACGUUCAUAUGAAAUGCGAAAGAUACGUCGGAAUCUUUCAGCAAAAGCAAGGCAAUUGAAUGCAGCAGCCAAUGCAAACCGUAAGCAUACCAUGCUGGAUAUUGCAGAAGCUGAUCAGGUAGCAGCCAUUCAUGAUAAUGAGAUCACGACUCAUCAACUGAGAUUGUUGAAAACAACUAUCGAUUCAGGGGGCAUUGCAGCCGAUCAUGAUUUUAUGCAGCCACCAGCUGGGUAUAGACCAAUUGCCCUUGCUGAAUAUGCAGGUCGACAGUAUCCUUUCUCUGAGCAACCUGCUAUUGCAGAUCAACCUCCAGACAAUGUUGUUGUUGUUGCAGUUGAUGAAGAGAAGUCUGGGGACACUGUUGCGGACUCGAUUGAGUAUCUGAAUAUCUAUGGUCAAGGAUUGUAUGGUUUGGCUGAUUCUGAAUUUGGAGUUUCGGAAGCACUGUUGCAGGAGGCUUCAAACAUGGUUGGAUUUGUUUCCAAGUCAGAUACGGAGUUUGAAUCAUCAUACUCACAGGUUUGCAAUGCAGAGCCAGCAUUCAAUCUCAAGGCAGGUGAUGAUUUGGAUUCUAUGCGAUCAUGUCAACACCUAUGUGGUCGCUACUGUCGGAAAGAUAUCACUGACUCCAAACAGUUUUUCAAUUGUGUCGAGAUGCUUCGAACAAUUGUUCGCAUUGUGGCUUCCAAACGAGAUGUCAAAGUGGGCAAAACACUUCACAUUGGUCCAUCAUGUAAGCUUCCUCUUUUAGUUGUGGCUACACCACAUGGGAUUUGGGCUCGUCUGGCAUACCGAUUCGUGUUUAAUCCUUUGGAGAUUGACUGGAUUCACUGUGAGAUUGAUUCAAUCGAAAAAGCGGACGGUACCCAUUACUAUGUGACAUUGGACUUUCAACCUCUGGGUGCAACAAAUCGAUUGUGUCCCAAGUCGGAUACUAUGUGCGAGUUGGCAAUUUGGUUGAGCAGUACAUUCACAGGUGGAGAUGGAUUCAAGAUCCACUUGUUUUUCGAGUAUGACUUGCAUGAGACUCAUGAUCAUAUUCUCAUUCCACGGCCAUGCCAUCAACCUUCAACAAUUGAUGCUAUUGUGGCAAACAGCUUUCAAUCUUUAGUGGAUGGUGGAAAGCAUGCAAAGGAUUUGGGAUUUGGCGAUGAUGCUGCUGCAAAAUCUCUGGGUAUGCUGGUAUCAGUCCUCAACAAAGGUACACAGACCAAGACCAAAACUACCAAAGGUGAAGGUCAAUCUACGGCCAAAGGUUUAAGCAAGAUGCUGCAUGAACUUGGUGAGAAGCCUGGAAAACAAUCUUCAAGUGGGAAAUCAAAAUCAUCAUCCAAUUCCAGUGGUCGGACAAGCGCUUCAUCUGCUGCUGAUGUGCUACUGGCCCAGCUGGAUGGGGUUCCUAGAUCACAUCACCCUCAAGCUGUCAUUGAUGAUGAUCAUGAUGAGCCUGAUGAGUUAGAGGUUGAUUGGAACGAUGCCAUAAAUGCACGCUAUGGAUUUGAUGAGGGACCAGAAGCAUCAAGUUCUUCGAAACAGGGAAACAAACGAAAGCGAUCAUCUUCGAAACCAAGUGGUUCUCGAAAUGCUGAAUCACCUGGUGACAUGCGACCUUUGGAUUCCAAUGCACCACAAAGAUGUUUCGUUGAUCCAUCCAAUCAAAGAGUGAUAGCUGAGUUUGCAGAUGGAACCAGAAGAGCGCUUGGACGUAUCACCGAAUUCAAAAUCGGAGAGCCAGGCCACUCCAUGAGUGUAGCUUGUUACCUACAUACCAAAUGUAGCGUCGUCAGACUGAUCAGUCGACUUCCAUAUGGUGCAUGUACAUUGUGUAUGAACUAUCUCGAAGCAGGGCUGCGUGUCAAGGACCGGAAUGACAGUGCCGCACACAAGCGUAUGUUUGAUUCGCUAGUAUCUUCUGAUGGAACAGAUACAUCGUGAACCUGGAGCUCGGUAUCAGCAGCGUGGACACUGCUGGAGCUCGACCAGACCUUUUGUUGAUGAGGUAUGUUUCACACGCGAAUUAGAUUCAAUGCAUUUCUAAAGGCUUCUUAACCAAAUGCAC